AAAAUUGGAUUGAUGGAAACAACCCUCACAACGGAUACCAUACUCCAUAACAAUCACUCAGCUGUACAACGUCGUGGGGAUGUCAGCAUUCGUCAGGUGUGGCCCGUGGAAGACGGGCGAGGGGAAAGGUGCAGCAAAGACACAGACAAAGCUUCAAAAUCACCGCAACAGGAACCAACAGAAACCCGUCAUAAUGACGUAACAAGACGAGUGUGGGACCCGGACGGCAACCUCUGCUAUAACUGGAUGGUUGUCAUCACUACAGCAGCUCUUUACAACAUCGUCGUUAUCAUAUUAAGGCUUGGCUUUACAGAGAUGAGAGAACAUGUGUUACCACGAACGGUAUUCACCGUCCUGGACCUUGGAUGUGACGUUGUAUAUUUUUUCGACAUAUUCGUACAAAGUCGCAUGACCUACUAUGAGGAUGGCUGUCUGGUCUCCGACGUCCAUAAGGUAUUCGAAAGGUACCGUGGAAGGAAAAGGUUCAAAUUGGACGUCUUGUCCAUCCUUCCUCUCCACACAGUCGUCUUCGUAUGUCAAGGAUUGCUGAAUUGUGUUCACAUAAGUAUCGGAUUCCAGAAAUAUCACGAAUUCUACAUUUCCAUGACGCGGUUACCAAGGUUACUGAAGGCACACACUGUCUCCGGAUUCUUCGACAUAACUGACAGGGGACGCCUGAAAACCUACAAGAAGAAUAAGGCAGGUGUUCCAGAAUGGUUACCGCCUUCUAGCUUCAUCGACCCGCCAUUGAAAUCCAGCCGCACGUCGAACCCUAACUGUGUCCGGGCCAUCAAGCUCUCCCUGUAUCUAGUGCUGGUCAUCCACUGGAUUGGUUGUCUGUAUUACAUGGUAUCCUUGUACGAGGGGAUUGGAUCUACUGAAUGGGCCUACUCCAGUGGUAACUACCCUGAUAACUUUAUAAGGAAGUAUAUCUGCUGUAUUUACUGGUCCCUUCUUAUACUGACCACAAUAGGAGAAAGACCACCGCCUCAGACCAAUUUGGAACACGUGUUCACGGGAUUGACGUUUGUAAUUGGUGUUUUUAUAUUUGCUGCCGUCGUCGGCAACGUCGGCGACGUGAUUAGUAAUUUAAAUGCAUCUAGACAGGAAUUUCAAGCAAGAAUGGACCAGAUAAAGUUUUACCUGAGGCAUAGAAACGUUCCUUUGCCAUUACAGAACAGAGUUAAACGUUGGGCCGACUACACAUGGACAAGGAAUCAAGCCAUGGACGAACCUCAGUUGCUACAGAUGUUACCGGAGAGACUACAGAUGGAGAUCGCCAUACAGGUUCAUCUAGACACCCUCAAAAAGGUCACCAUUUUCGAAGAAUGUGAGGAGGGACUUUUGAGGGAGUUGGUGCUAAAACUUCGGCCACAGAUAUUUUCUCCAGGGGACUACAUAUGUCACAUUGGAGACAUAGGUCGCGAAAUGUACAUAAUAAACCAUGGCAAGAUAGAGAUUAUUGUCCCCUGUGCUGACACGGGACAGAAACAGACAGUUGCAACACUGGGAGCUGGCAAUUAUUUCGGGGAGAUCAGCUUGCUCAAGCUCGAUUCCGGGCAAAACAGGAGAACUGCAGAUGUCCGAGCCGUUGGUUACUCGGAACUGUUACGGCUUUCCAGGAAGGACCUGCUUACUGCACUGGUGGAAUAUCCUGAUGCAAAAGUAAUACUGGAAACCCAGGCUAAGCUAAGGAUGAAGGAAACUAUGGACAUUCGGAACACCAAUGGAGAAGAACCAUCUCCUCCUUCCGAGCGGCAAGCAACAGAAAAAUCUAAACGAAAGCGUGAUUGGCUGUCAGGGAUUGUCCAAUCAGAGGGUUUCAAGAGACUUGUGGAGCACAAAGAUACAGAAUUGUCGGAGCUAAAGACGAUCGUUCACCAGUUGAGGGAUUACCAGACACAGGUGCGUGAAAAAACGAAUACACGUUCUGUGGAAAAGAGCAAACGACUUGAAAUGAAAUUACAACAAUACGAAAUUAAUCUUCGGAAAGCAAACUCAAGGAUAGAAGAACUCCAACAAACUUUAAGAUCGUCCUGUCCAUGUGGCAAACGGUCGAAGUCAGUCACCACAGAUAGUCCAUUUGUAGGCAGGAUCACGCGUUCUUCAAUUUCGGAUAAAUCUUGCAGGCCACUAUCGAUAAGAAAGAAAUGUGCUUCCGAACAUUACCUUGAGCGUCGAGGAAUGAAGCCAUUGACUGGCUUGGACCCUAGUCAGACACAACUGAAACGCGGAAGAUUAUUUUCAAAUACAAACUCUAUUCCGAUCACUCGGUCACAGAUUAAUGUAACACAUUCCGAUACCAUGGAACCGGUCAAACAAAGUAGUGGCUACUCAAGUGACACAGAAACCUUAGCAACACUUCUGCGUGUCAGCAAUGCUCUGCGAUUGCGCAGUCAAUCCCAGACAAGCACGGAAAGCAAUUGUGAUUCAAGCCUUUCGAGUGAUAAUGAUCUUGAGUCGGACUGGGAACCAGUCUCCGUGGGUGACAACAUUCCACUUGCUCACUUGACGAAGAGUUCUGAGGUCAGCAGAACACCCCGACGAUCUUGUUUCAAGGAGACCAAUGUAUAGUCAUAUCACAUGAAGCCAAAACAAAUCGUCCGAUUCUUUAUUAUCAUUAUUAUUUUUCAUUUUCACAUUAUUUUUCUUAUUGAAAGAUUAUCGAUCGCUUAUGGUGAUGCUCAGAAAACGGGAUUACUAUAAAACUGAACUGCCCAGACUUCUGUUGUCGCUUCGUUGAUGGUUUCAUUUUCAUAAUGUAUGUAGCUAUAUAUAUGAUAAUUUUCAUUAUUUUUUCAUAUUAUUCCCGACAA